UCUGUAUACCUCGUGUAGCAGACGCCGUCACACGUACAACGCGUACGUGUUUGACGGCUAUCAGUGUGUUGUCAGUUGUCAAUGUCUGCGUCUAUAUUUAUCACUUCAUCAAUAGUACACCUGUCACACGUCAACUUUGUUUAAUUGUAUAUGUUGUUACACCAUAAAUCUGUGACUGUAGACCUAGGCCUCACUUGGUUUGAAGACCGUAGGCUAUUUGUCCAGAUUUAAUCCUCGAAAUAUGAAAGUUUGUUUUGUGUUCUUGCUGUGGUGUCUUUUCCUGGAAACAAACAUUGCAGGCAAAGACGGAUAUACCAGUAGUGACGGUACGGAGUACGAACCACAUUCUCCUUUUAACGACAUCGGGUACGGGAGCGACACCAGUCAAGGGUAUGGAGUCUUCAAUGAACCCGGAACAACUCACGAUCUCCCUAUUAUUUUGUGGUGGACGGAUAUGAUCUUUCCACAUUUUGGAGGAAAGUCCGACAAGUUUGUUAUUCAAUGUGGAGAUGUUUCUUGUUAUUCUACAAAGCACAAGAAGUAUGCCAAGUCGAAACAGACAAGAGUGUUUAUGUUUUAUGGCACUGACAUUGAACCCGAGAAAUUACCACUGCCAAGACGCCCGUAUCAUGAAUGGGCUCUAUUUCACGAAGAGUCACCACUGAAUAACUACAUUUUAUCUCAUACUCCUUUCAUUGAGCUGUUCAACCACACUGCAACGUUUAGGUCGGAGUCAGAUUUUCCACUGACGAGUCAGAACAUAUACCAUGUAAACUAUCUUACGGAGAGGCAGCCUGUCAAUGUUGUUAAGAAGAAAGAGGCGAAGAAAAGUAUGAAAUUGGCGUCCGUUCUGUACGUCCAAACACACUGUGAUGUCCCUUCGGACCGUGACCGCUAUGUGAAAGAACUGAUGAAAUAUAUUGAUGUCGACUCGUAUGGGGAGUGUCUCCAUAAUAAGGACUUGCCAGAACACCUGAGGGACCCAGCAGAAAAUUAUGAAAAGGAUGAAUUCCUCAAUUUUAUAUCUCAGUAUAAAUUUCAUCUGUCGUUUGAAAAUGCCAAUUGUAAAGAUUACAUGACAGAGAAACUGAUGCGACCGCUGUAUGUUGGGUCUGUUCCCAUUUACAAAGGGUCACCAUCAGCUAAAGAGUGGAUGCCAAACAAUCACAGUGUGAUUAUGGUUGACGAUUUUUCAACGCCUGAGGAACUAGCUGCAUUCAUUAAGGCUAUCGAUGCCGACGAUAGGGAAUAUGAAAAAUAUCUAGCGUUCAAGAAAACAGGAAUUACUAAUGAAUUCCUUUUGAAACAUCUGAAAGAAAGGCCGUGGCAUCUUAAUGUAAAUGGCGGUUUUGAUUAUUUCCGUGGAUUUGAAUGCCUAGUAUGUAAGAGAGUUCAUGAGCGCUUAUAUUUUGAGAAAGAUCGGGAAGAAGAGCCGGACAUUCCGUUACCAUCUCCAAGAAUUGCAAACUAUUCCCAUUUAGGCUGUCCGCAGCCUUAUCCCUCCUUCGGACAUCCUGGGGACAUUCCCAAAACUGACAUAUGGCAUAAAUCCGACUGGAUCAGUCAAUACUGGGCCGACUACGACAGAGCCCGCGCUGCCCGAAACAUGGUUUUAGCUAAAGAGAAAGACUCCAAGAAAUUUUUCGAUUAUUACGAAAAGGUUAUGCGGCAAAAGGCAUAAAGACAUUGAAAGGCAUUACAGUAUUUCGCCGUCUCAUAUCUGGAAUAUUGCCGUGUGCGGCAUUAAAUGCCAAGUAUUGUCGACAAAAAUAUUCUUCCGACUACAACUUGGAAUUUAAUACAUACAGUCAUGUAGAACGUAGAAACAUUUAUUUUUGAGAUGAAUAAUGUCGUUUUAAUAUUUCGUAAUCCAUAUUUAAGCUGAUGUAUACAUUCCAUUGUUCUACCUUACUAUAAAUGCCUUUUAAUGUACAAUGAACACGUUUGAAAACGUGAAGUAUAACAUACAUUAUAGCCCAACGUUCGCUGUUCUAAGCUGACAAAAUUGUACAUGUGGAUGUGGUUGAUGAAACCUGAUAACUUCUCAUUAGGUAUUAACAAUAAUGAUUUUGAUACAGCUGUUUCUGUGAUACACUUGAUACUGUGUUAGGUUUCAAACAUGGUGCAUGUAACACGUUUUAUCCCUAAACGUUACUGACGCCUAGAGAAAUCUGUCCACUUUCUGUUAUGAAAAGAUGCCCAAACUCUGCUGGCUUCUUAGUACAUAUCUGUUGAUGUUAUGGAUGUGUUCUUUAUUAUAUCCCCGACCAAAAAGGGCUGGGUACAUAAUUAUAACAAGGAAUUCCGUCCGUCAGUCUUUCCUUCGGAGCAAUUUUUUUUUGUGCGACCUGUAACUUGAAAACUACUGCGUCGAUUCUUUUCAAACUUGGUGAACACUUUCAAUACCAAUAGCAGAAGUGCAGUGCGAAGUUUGAAUUCCAUGUUUGGUUUUCUGAAAAAAAUAAACAUGUUUUUUUAAAAGAUUGUGCGGACUAUAAUUUGAAAACUACUGCUGGAUUCUUUUCAAAGCUAGGCAGUUUCUAGUUUCCAUACUAAUAGAAGAGGUGCAGUGAAAAUUUUGAUUUUGAUAUGUGUAUAUUUUCUGAAAGAAUAUGAUGUUUUUCAUGUCUUGAACCUCAUUCUUUUUUACCUUAACAUUUGUGAGACUUAUGACUUGAAAAUACUUCACAGAUUCUUUUCAAACUUGCUGAACACUUUCUAUACCAAUAGGAGAGGUGCACUGCGAAGUUUGAUUUUGAUAUGUGUGUUUUCUGAAAAAAAUAUAUUUUUAAUAUUUGGAUUAUCUGAAAAAAAUACAGCUAUUUUUCAUUUUUGUACUUAGAAUUUUUGUUCUUAAACAUUUGUGCGGCCUAUGACUUGAAAACUACUGCGUGGAUUCUUUUCAAAUUUAGGGAACAGUUUCCAUAUCAGAAGGAGAGGUGCGCUGCAAAGUUUGAUUUUGAUAUAUGUAUUUUCUGAAAAUAUGAUUUUUUGUCAUGUUUUCAACUUAUAUUAUAUGUUAGGAGUCGCCCUGCCCAACUAUUGCCUUUUUAUGUUUAUGAGUUUAUUAAACGUUUACUUUGCUCUUGUCAAAAACGUUCUCAGUAAACAGUUGUACAUUAUUAUUAUUAUUAUUAUUGAUUUUUUGAGGGCUUUCCCUGAUUUAGAAGUCCUCAUUCACUGAUGUUGCAACCAGUGCUCAGGUUACAGUUUGGUGUGUAGAGAAGAACUUAAGCUCAUCAUGGCAUGUUUGCUUAUGGGGAGAGAUUAAAGAAUUAUAAGGCCUGUCCUAAACCUAUUUAUGUAGACCAUCCACUAGUAGUAAAGCGUUGUGACACCUUUGUGUCUAGUGAUGGCUUUUGGUAAACUUUUCGAAUUAUUCCAUUUUCCAUUGUGUGUCCAUGUUUUGAUGUCCGUUUUAUUCAAAUCCCACCUUUGUGAAAUAAAAUUUAGAAAAUAUUUUGAGGGCUGGUAAACCCAACUAACUCACUGUUCUCAGUCAUCAAGUCUUCCAUCAUGUUCAAGUUGUACACUGUUUUUCCAUCAUGGUUACGGGUUUUUUCGCCCAAGUUUCAACAGUUGAAACAAUCUCAUUAAAAUUAGAUCUUAUUUCCAAGAUCUGAUUUUAAUAAGUUUGCAUUUGAAAUUAUAUCUGCUAUGUGUGUUUGUGUGUGCAAAAUAUAAUAACUACAUGCACUGCAUUUGAUUGAAAACUCUUGAAAUAUAAUAUAAACCGAUGCAAAUUGUAUGUGUGAAAAAUGUAACCUUAUAUUCUUUAAUUUAAAACAUUUUGAUGUUGUGAUGGUAAGCUAUGAAUACACUUUUAAUCAGAUAAAUAGUAAGUUACAGAAUAAACGUGUUAUGUUUAUAUCCUGUCAGCAAUUAAUUGCAUCAACUCACAUGGUCCGUGUUAAUGACCACAGUGUAACAUCAUGCACUCGAUUACACAUGUAAGUUUACUCAAGAAUGCAAGGUAUUCACACGUGUGUAAACGUUUCGCGUGCUGGUACAUUGCAUCGGGAAUUAAUAAAUGCCGGUUCUUGAGGUUGUGCUAA